AUGUCCGUCUUGACUUCUGUCUGGUGGCCCGAGGACCGUGUCAAGACGACUAUCUGUCCUGAUUUUGUCUUCAAGCACCUUCCUCCAAGCACAUUACCUCGUCUUGUUACCCCCCUACCUUGGGGUGAGGGCCUGACGAGCGAGACCUACCUCGACUGGAUCCUUGCCAAAGCAGGAAGGCUAUUUCUUAUCCUACUUGAUAUUGGUAUUCCGGGCCGAAUAUUUCACCUGGUCGAUGAGUCCUUUGACGACCAGGAUCUCCCAAUUGCUGCCCAUAGCGUUGACCGGCUGCAACUUUCUGCUCAGGAUCUAAAUUCUGAACUAGAUUCCAAGUUUUUCCUCGCCCAAUGGCGUUUUAUCGUCAGGGGCAUUGGCGAAGGCGAGCAUGUCAAAUAUACCGAGAACGAAGGCAUUCCCGUCGAAUUAUUGAAUACCGGUACUGUAUUGGUGAGAGAGGGCAUUGAAAGGGUCGUCCUGGCUGGCGCGGUCUGCAAGAUCUAUUUGCGGACCCAAGUUACCAUCGGUGGCGCGCCACAUUUCUUCGACGAAGACGAAGUUCUCGAAGAGGUUCGUUCUAUGAGGAGAUUGGCCCAUGACCAUGUUUACUCCAUUUACGCAUCAUACUUCGCCGACAACACUAUUUGCAUCCUCUUCUCGGGAGUAUAUGAAAGAACUCUCAUGUCUUUCCUGACCGAUACGCCUCAAUCAUUCAAAAAGCUCGCAAAAGAACGACGACGAGAAAUAUUAAUCAAUUGGCCACACUGUCUUGCACAUGGUCUAUUCUGGCUGCAUGCCCAUGGCCAAGUUCAUGGCCUUAUUCGCCCAUCCAAUAUCCUAAUUGAUGCAAACUUUAAAAUCUUCAUUGGUCAAUUCGAAGCUCUGGAUACCUUACUUCCACCAGUAAAGGUGGAUGAUGUUGAGUCCUAUCAAUAUGGCCCACCGGAAAGGUGGGUGCGCUCUAUCAGUGUCCAGAACAGCGGCCCUACGAGCAGCACACUCCCAUCAGGAGGGCGUUCUGGUCGUAAGGCGGGAGAACGUCCAGAGGGAUUGAACCUAGCUCGCUUGAGGGGACUGCACAUAUCGGAUCCGGAGGCACUGAGCCCACCUCCAGAGUCGGUCGCUUCUCAUGGCACUGUUAUUCAUGUUGGUCGGAAAGACCCAUCUUCUCGAUAUUCCAUGGGCCUUUCCUCUUCCUCGGGGUCUAGUAACGGGAGUAUUCGUAGGCACGGCAUCUCGAUGAAACGCCCCAUACUAUACACUCCGUCUAUAACUCCUUCUAGCUCUUCAGGGUCUUCGGAAGAGCGGGGUUCCAUGAUUUUCAACUCCGUCGGGGUGCCCACUGCGCAUACCAGUGGCGGAGCAUUGGUCCAGAUAUGGCAGUCUCGGCAAACCGAUCCAGAAGCAUCCGACAUCUUUUCCCUCGGGGCCAUACUUUUGGAUAUUUUUACGUACUUGUGCAAGCGAAAAAUAUCCGCAUUCGCCAGCCAUCGUGGUGCAAAGAAUCGCACAGCGGGUCGUGGUGGCGGCGUUGCAGAUUGUUCCUUUCAUCUGGACCGGAAUAUUGGCCAAGUGAGCUCGUGGAUUACCCUUCUUGACAGCGACGCGAAGAAGCGCAAAGACCCCGUGUUCCAAGCUGUCCGACCAAUGCUCGCAAUGUCGCGAGACAUGGUCAGCAGAGACCCCGGCAAUCGGCCCUCUGCCUUUCAAGUAGAGCAGCUUUUCGCUUGUUCUAUCAGAAGAGCAGAGAGCAAGGUUGCACUCUGCUGCUCAUCAAGCCUGUAUUCUGGCCACCGAGAGCGCCCGGACGGUAUGAGAUCGGCUAAAGAUGAUAGAGUAGCCGUACCAAGGAUAGGAUCACGAUCACCAUCUGCUUCUCCGAGAAGCCCAAGAAAAGACCAAAACCAGACAGAAGCCUAUAUCCAAGAUGAAAACGGCCUCCUAAGUCCAACCAUUCCAUCCACGCCAGGGACUUACCUAUGUUCUUCUGAAACUGAAUCUUAUGCCACCAGCGAGUCAGAUCGCGAGACCCGAAAAACGAAGUCCAAACAAUCCAACAGGAAGCAAAGCAAGAAAAAGUCGAGCAUAGUUCGUGGCAUGUCUCCAGAUGCAGGACCGAAUCCUGCACUCGCAAAUGAUCCAUCCUGGGGCUACGCAAUUCCAUGGGUAGCUCUGAAAAACUAA